AUGCUAGAGUCCACCCCCGCCCUCUCCAAGAGUGUGGCCGCCAACCCAGAGCCCCUGCAGACCCAGCCAUUUAGGAGGAGGACAGGAGAGCAUGGGAACUCCCAGGGCCACCAGUACACUGGCCAGGACCUGCUGGUCCAACAGGAGUCCCAGGGGCGAGGCCUGCUCCCCGUCCUGCCGGCCACGUUGACCUCGGCAUCUCCCCUUUCCACUCCCAGGAUGCUCUGGGCCCUCCUGCUCUUGGCCACCUCUGGGACUGCUCAGAGUAGAGACUGGGACAGCCCCAGCUGCACCAAGGACGUGGUGUCUGUGUCCAGGGGCAAGCCAGCCGUGAUGGCCUGCAGCAUCACCAACCUCUUCUCCCACAUCAACGUCUCCCUGCGAACCUACCACGGGGAGAGCUGGCAGCUCAUCUUCAGUGUAAAGGCCCCAGGAAACUUCCGUCAGGAUGGAUGGCAGCUCUGGGUUCAAGGGGGCGAGGCGCACCUGGUGAUUGAAAAAGCCCAGGACACCCAGGCAGGGCAGUACAAGUGGAGUCUUGUCGGGCUCCAGAGGAACCUCAAAACCACCACCCUGAACGUCUCAGAGCCCCAAGACACACUCUUCACACCUUCCUGGGGCCCGGAGAUGCUGCUCCCCAGUCUCAGGCCUGACCCCGAAGACAGGAGCCAGGCCCAGGUGGUCCUCCUCAUCCUCGCCCUGGUCGCCCUCUCCGUCCUGCUGGUCUGCGUGCUGGCCUGGUGCAGAAGGUCUGGCUCCCGAAGUUCUCCAAGCUCUGGCAGGACACCCUGGAGGAUGGCAUGGGGGGAGCUGGACUUCCUGCUCCUUCCAGGAGACCUACAAUGUGUGGGCAGUUGGUGUGUCCUCAGGUGUGCCGAUAAGGAGGCUCUGAACCACAGUGGGGAGUUCUGUGCACCACGCACUGCACUACACAAAGAGCAAGUCCCAAACCCAUUUAUGCCAGAUGUCUUCAUGAUCAAGACUGUGUAA